AUGUCUUACCAGCAGCAGCAGUGCAAGCAACCUUGCCAGCCUCCUCCUCCAUGUCCUCCUCCAAAGUGCCCUGAGCCUUGUCCUCCUCCAAAGUGUCCUGAGCCUUGUCCUCCUCCAAAGUGCCCUGAGCCUUGUCCUCCUCCAAAGUGCCCUGAGCCUUGUCCUGAGCCAUGUCCCCCUCCCUCAUACCAGCAGAAAUGCCCUCCUGUGCAACCUCCUCCACCCUGCCAACAGAAGUGUCCACCCAAGAGCAAGUGA